CAUAUGAAUGCUUAUGAAUACCUUCGCCAUCUAGCUGUUCAUAAAUAUUUUACCAAUUUUUUUGACUAUGAAAAGCCACAAUCUCGUAUAGAAUUAAGUCUUGAAAUAUCACAACAGGUCUUCCAAUGUGGUCCAUGGAUGGCGUGUCGUAUUCCACUUAUUGAUGACGAAGACAUACAAAGCUCUUGCUUACAUUUUAUCCGUACUAUUGGUGAAAGGAUAACUGCUGAAAAAUUUCAAAUUUAUGUUAAGAACAAUAUUUUACCUCAUAUUACUAGCUUUCACACAUCAAUUUCAUUAGAAACAGCUCGAACUUGGCUUCAUCAUCUUGGCCUUGUAUAUCAAUCACAUCAACAAGGA